AUGUCGACCUACGCGCCCCGCCAUUCGCCCUCCGCGUUCUCCACCCCCGCUGCCACCACCCUCUUCCGCCGCCUCACAUGGGAGGGCACCGUCCCCCUCGAGAUCCGCGUCGACCCCAAGGAGCUCCCCGCAAACUCGGACCGCGGCCUCGAAUGCUACUACAUCCAGGCCCCCCGCGUCAGCUACCUCCCCCUCCUCGUCCCGGAGAUCAAGCGCUUCCUCAUGGACGUCGUCUUUGACGAGAACGCUGCCAGGGUCCUCAAGGAGGAGGACUGGUGGUUCGAGAGCGACGAGGGAACUCUCCUCAAGUGGCAUUGGCCCAUCGGGCUUAUCUACGACAACCAUACCAUCACCCUCUCCGCCCGCCCGAAUGCUGUCCCCUCUUUCUUCACGCCUCUCCGUCUCAUCCUCCACCUUGCUUCCCCGCCGACCGAGAAGCUGCUUCUCGCCCCCAACGCGGAAGCAUGCAAGCAAGCCUUCAUGGGCCAGCUGAAGGAGGCCGACUUCAUCCGCUGGGGCAACACCAAGCGCAUGACAGGCCUCCGGAAGGCGGAGCAGGAUGGUCUCUGGGAAGGCAUCAAAGAGCACAACUUUGACGAGUAUUGGCGCGUUGCCUCAAAGAUCACACCCACCACAGCACCAACACGGUCAAACUCUCCACCGCCACCGCCUUCUUCGACAUCACUACACACCCGCCCACCAUCUGCAGAUCCGCAGUCGAGUGCCGGCCCCGACAAGGAUGGCGCGACGAACGUCCGGAACGUCCCCGUCCGAAUCUAUCUCCCGGACGGGCCGGUCCUGCAAGAUCUCGUCCCUCCAAUCUUAGAAGACGGCACGAUGCACGUCCUCUCGACGUUCCUGACCGCCCGACUGUCGCUCCUCUUCCCCGAACCGAGCUCCGGGAAGCCCAACCUCGGGUACGCACUCAUCCAGGGCGUACCCGCCCCUCCUGACACGGAGAUGGCGUGGCUCGGGGCAUGCAUGGCGGGCGCGGACGGCUGGGUGAAUGUCUGUGUUGGCCUUUUGCGGGAGAGCGCAUGAUACCCAGAGCGCUCCUUGGGUGCGAUGGGGGAGUACUCGAGGUGAUACUAGAUAUGGCACAGAUCGAACGUGUACCAGUUCUGCCGACGAGAAAAUUGCGACAUCUUCG